GCAAUCCCGUCCUCGACUUCCAGGAGUACCGGAACAACACAGGACCCCAGGUACGACGCCAGCUCGGACCAGUGCAGGUGGUUCUGGGAGAUCGUGCUCGAUAGUUUCGACGAGGACGACCAGCGCAGGGAGCUCCUGACGUUCGUCACGGGCAGCGACAGGGCCCCCCCGAAG